CUCACUCUGACAGCGCCGAGGUGCGCGGUGUGGAGCGGGAAACAAAGGAGCUGAGUUGGGAGGGGAGUGAGCUGGGCCAGGGAGAGCCCCCGGCUGGCCGCCAGAAGACCCUGGCUGGAGGAAGCCCAAGUGUCACUUGAAUUCCAACCCAGGAGCCAGCCCUUGGGACCCAAGCACCUUGUUUAGCAACAGUGGCUGGAAUAUUCUCCCCAAAGUUCCCGGAGCGCCAGUAAAGGAGGAUCAUCGCCCGCCCCCCGCCACUCCGACUGCUGGUCCCUAGAAACCCCAGCUUCACCUCUCACUGGGCUCACUGGGACGGCAAUUCCAGAAUGAAAAGCAAAAAGGGCAUUGUCACGGCAUCCGGCAGUGAUACUGAAGAUGAGGACAGCAUGGACACUCCACUGGACCUUUCCUCUUCAGCCACCUCUGCCAAGAGAAGGAGGAGAGGCAACCUCCCCAAGGAGUCUGUUCAGAUCCUGCGGGACUGGCUGUAUGAGCACAGAUACAAUGCGUAUCCCUCAGAGCAAGAGAAGGCAGUGCUGUCCCAGCAGACACACCUGUCAACACUGCAGGUCUGUAACUGGUUCAUCAACGCCCGCCGCAGGCUCCUCCCUGACAUGCUGAGAAAGGAUGGCAAAGAUCCAAAUCAGUUCACGAUUUCCCGCCGUGGGGCCAAAAUUUCUGAAGCUAGCUCUGUGGAAGCUGCGAUGGGUAUCAAAAACUUCAUGCCAGCUCUAGAAGAGAGCCCGUUUCAUUCCUGCACAGCUGGACCCAACUCUACCCUAGGGAGGCCAGUGUCUCCCAAGCCUUCCUGCCCGGGAUCCAUUUUGGCUCGCCCAUCAGUGAUCUGCCAUACCACUGUGACUGCAUUGAAAGAUGGGCCUUUCUCUCUCUGCCAGCCGGUUGGUGUGGGACAGAGCACAGAUGUACAGCAGAUAACAGCCGGCAACUUUACAGAUACCUCUCUCAUGUACCCAGAGGACGCUUGCAAAUCUGGACCGAGUCCAAACCCUCAGAGUGGUCUUUUCAACACUCCGCCCCCUACUCCGCCAGACCUCAACCAGGAUUUUAGCGGAUUCCAGCUUCUAGUGGAUGUUGCACUCAAACGGGCUGCAGAGAUGGAGCUUCAGGCAAAACUCACAGCUUAACCCUUUUCCAGACAAGACAGUUCUCCAAACAUGGUCCUGGUUGUCAGGGUGAUGGCAAGAGAUGCAUUAUUUUAUAUUUUUUUCUAUUAAUAUUUGCACAUGGGAUUGCUCAAUUGAAGCUUCCUGUUACUAAGAUGUCUUCAAUGGAAUACAGUCAUUCCAAGAACUACAAACUAAAGCUACUGUAGAAACAAAGGGUUCUCUUUUUAAAUGUUUCUUGGUAGAUUUUUCAUAAUGUGAGAUGGUUCCCAAUAUCAUGUGAUCUGUUCCCCAUACAUGCACACACGCACACACACAUAUACCCUUUUUGAUGUUGGUUUUUUGUUUGUUUUUUUUUUCAGACUGUGCAAUACUUAGAAGUCAUAGUGUCUUUCUAUUUCCAUGUGGAACAGGGUGCCCACAUACAGUCUAAUGAAUAAACUUUGUGUUUUUUUUUUUUUCCAAGCAAGUAUGAAUCUAGUUGUUGGAUAUCUUUUUUCAUGAUGUAAUAAAGUAUUUUCUUUAAAAGAUAA